CCACUCCGGAGGACGCGCGGGCGCCCGGGCGCGGCGCCGCCGGGACCCGGGAGGCGCGGCCAGCUGGCGCGGGGGCGCGGCCGGAGCGCAGCGGGUCGCCGGGCGGGAUCCAGGCUGAGCAGCCGCCUCGGCCCGCUGGUCCCUGCCGCGGCUGCCUGGGCGGCCCGGGCGCGCGGCCCUUCGCCAUGUACACCUUCGUGGUGCGCGACGAGAACAGCAGUGUCUACGCCGAGGUCUCCCGGCUGCUCCUCGCCACCGGCCACUGGAAGAGGCUGAGGCGAGACAAUCCCAGGUUUAACCUGAUGCUGGGAGAGAGGAACCGGCUGCCCUUCGGGAGACUGGGUCACGAGCCGGGGCUGGCGCAGUUGGUGAAUUACUACAGGGGGGCUGACAAACUGUGCCGCAAAGCUUCCUUAGUGAAGCUAAUCAAGACAAGCCCGGAACUGGCCGAGUGCGGUACAUGGUUCCCUGAGUCUUAUGUGAUUUAUCCAACUAAUCUCAAGACGCCAGUUGCUCCAGCGCAGAAUGGAAUCCAGCCACCGAUCAAUAACUCAAGGACAGAUGAGAGAGAAUUCUUCCUGGCUUCUUAUAACAGAAAGAAAGAGGAUGGAGAGGGCAACGUCUGGAUUGCAAAGUCAUCAGCCGGUGCCAAAGGUGAAGGCAUUCUCAUCUCCUCGGAGGCCUCAGAGCUUCUCGAUUUCAUAGACAACCAGGGCCAAGUGCACGUGAUCCAGAAAUACCUUGAGCACCCUCUGCUUCUGGAACCGGGUCAUCGCAAGUUUGACAUUCGAAGCUGGGUCUUGGUGGAUCAUCAGUAUAAUAUCUACCUCUAUAGAGAGGGUGUGCUUCGGACUGCUUCAGAACCAUAUCAUGUUGAUAAUUUCCAAGACAAAACCUGCCAUUUGACCAAUCACUGCAUUCAAAAGGAGUACUCAAAGAACUAUGGGAAAUAUGAAGAGGGGAAUGAAAUGUUCUUCGAGGAAUUUAAUCAGUACCUAACAAGUGCUUUGAACAUUACCCUAGAAAGUAGUAUCUUACUACAAAUCAAACAUAUAAUAAGGAGCUGCCUCCUGAGCGUGGAGCCUGCCAUCAGCACCAAGCACCUCCCUUACCAGAGCUUCCAGCUCUUCGGCUUCGACUUCAUGGUGGAUGAGGAGCUGAAGGUCUGGCUCAUUGAGGUCAACGGUGCCCCUGCUUGUGCUCAGAAGCUUUAUGCAGAACUGUGCCAGGGCAUCGUGGACAUAGCCAUAUCCAGUGUCUUCCCGCCCCCAGACGUGGAACCACCGCAGGCCCCACCAGCGGCCUUCAUCAAACUGUGACAGAGGGAUGCUCAGAGCUGCCUUGGAAAAAGCCCAGGGUCCUGCUCCAGGGGACAAUGAAGUGACUGGAUUGCUCGUUAUCAAGCCAAAGCGAGGGGGAAGAAAGGCAACUCACAAAGACGGAUGGAAGAGAGCAUGUGAGCAGAGAAGGUGACUCCCCCAGAGCGGGUUGCUCGGGGAGUGUCCCAGGUGGAGCUCUGAACAAUGCUGCCGAGACUUUGAAAACGGAAGCAAAUGUCUCUGAGGGGAGAGCAACAUAUCCCUGGGAAAAACCAGGGAUUUGGUUAUUUUAUGUUCUCAUCCCUUAAAAAAACCUUGGUACCCAAAGGCAGCCUUGUGAACAAAACCCCCUCCCCACUCCCUGAGGACAGCAGGCUGCCAGGACCUCUGGUCAGUGCCCCCACCUGCUACAGCCCUAGUGCCUUAGCUCCGUGCCCGCCGCAGCCCCGCUGUCCUGGGACAUGGAGUGGACAUCAGAGCAUCUUGAAGGUUGCCCGUGUGUUCCCCAGUCAUCCUCUCACGACAUUCUGCCCCCUACUCUGGACAAGCAUGCACCAACAGUCCUUAGUUUCGUGCUGCGCGCCAGCCUCUUGGCAAAGGCAGUUUUCCUCAUCACCUUCCUGAUGGCGUUUGGUCAGUUGCCUGUCAGGGUUCGUGUGGGUCAGGCCCCAAUACGGCAAACUGCUGCUCUAGGUCUGCUCGCUGCAUGUUUUAGAAACAAAGUGGCAAGCCUGCCCUGAACCUGUAAGCAUCAAAUAAGCAUGAGAGAGAAAAAAAACAUAUCUUGCUUUACUUAAAAUAGGUUGGGUGUGGUGGGUCUUUGAAAAUAUGAUGAUUCUCAAUCAUCUUUGUUUUAACCAGAAUUCUAAAUGCAGCUUUGCAAAUUUCCCUU